AUGCAUAUCGCCGAGGAUAUCCCCCCUCAACUCAGAGACAAUCAGCAAUUAGUAUGGCUCCAAGAAUUCACCUUCGAGUUCUACUACCCGGGCUCACCUGUUCCGGUCGAUGAGUGUAAGAGUAAAUAUCUACAGACUCACAGCAACCGUCUGGAUGAAUGGUUUCCUACCGAGGCUCUCAACUUCCCUGACCUCAUGGAACAACUGAGCCCAUACGAUCCGGAGACUCAGGAAAUUACUUGGAGUCCCAACAGGCCCCAUCCUGGCAAUGCAUACCUCAUCGAAAGACAGGUAGAAGAGGUGACCUUGACGGAAGAAAACUACCAUGCUCUCAUUGAGAAGGGUAUUACCGAGUGGUGUGGAUAUUGCCCAAAGCCCCCGAACCCAUGGCCAGACAACGACAUUUGCGUCUACUUCGUGAUUCGCGGGAAGGUUGAAUGA